GCGCGGCGCUCCGGGAUCUGGUACACGGUCCCUGCUCUGUGGUGGGUCAAGGGAUUCUCUUCUUUCUGACCUGGUGCUGGAAACCAAGGCUGAGCCUUCUUGCCCUCUGCGGGCUUCCUGUCCUAAAAGUCUCUCGCAUACGUGAAGGAGGAAGGGAAAAGGUCCUCUUUUAUUCAGGAUGGCGAAUAAGGAAAAUGCGAGCAGUGCCUAUAGCAGCCUUUCUAAAUCUGCCUUUCUCACUGAGACUCAGGGCGGAUUACAUAGUGUGAGAUUAGCACAAUCAAUAUCAAGGACAUUUCCAGAAACAGUGCUGUAAGUACCGGGUGCCCAGCGCAACGGGCUCUCAAUGGGCUCUCUCCAAGAAUAGCUGCACCCCGACCAGCACUCCCUCUGGCUCCCUCUUGUUGCAGAGAACCAUGAUCAAAAACACAAAGAACAGCCUGAAGUCUUCCUGUGGCCAGAGCAUGGCUGUCCCGGGCAGGGUGCCUGUUGACUCCAGCUCCACUGCCCAGCCGGCACAGGCAGUGACCAAGAUAUUCACCAUUGACGACUUCGAGAUCGGGCGGCCGCUUGGCAAAGGGAAGUUCGGCAAUGUUUACUUGGCCCGGGUCAAGGAGACACAGUUUAUUGUGGCGCUCAAGGUGCUCUUCAAGUCCCACCUGGAGAAUGAAGGUUUGGAGCAUCAGCUGCGGCGGGAGAUUGAGAUCCAGUCUCACCUCAGACACCCCAACGUCCUACGCCUGUACAACUACUUCCAUGACAGGAAGCGAGUGUACCUGAUCCUGGAAUAUGCCCCUCGUGGGGAGCUCUACAAGGACCUUCAGAAGCACCAGCGGUUUGACGAGGCCAGGAGUGCCACGUACAUGGAAGAGCUGGCCGAUGCGCUCAUUUACUGUCACGGUAAGAAGGUGAUCCACCGGGACAUUAAGCCAGAGAAUCUGCUGAUGGGGUUGAAGGGGGAGCUGAAGAUUGCUGACUUUGGCUGGUCGGUGCAUGCCCCCUCGCUCAGGAGGAAGACCAUGUGCGGCACGCUGGACUACCUGCCCCCUGAGAUGGUGGAAGGCAAGCCCCACGACGAGAAGGUCGACCUCUGGUGCAUCGGCAUCCUCUGCUACGAGUUCCUGGUGGGGCACCCGCCUUUCGAGAGCGCCUCCCACUCCGAGACCUACCGCCGCAUUUUAGCGGUGGAUCUCAAGUUCCCACCGUUUUUGUCGGAAGGGGCCCGGGAUCUGAUUUCUAAGCUGUUGCGUCGCAUCCCCAUUGAGCGGCUUCCGCUGCAGGCUGUGAAGGAACACCCCUGGGUGAAAGCCAAUUCUCGGCGAGUGCUGCCGCCGGUCUUCAGUUCUGCGCCCUUGAACUAGCGGUACAUAAAUUUACAAGGAGAACCUAAAUACAAUUGAAGGACAGGGGUUGCCAUAUACAACUUCCUCUGUACUCCACAGUCCUUCCUGGGAGAACUGAAGGGGAUGUACUGCCUUUUUUGUUUUGUUUUGCCAUUUGGGACAUACGUUCUUCUGGCUGCAAAACACCCUGAAGGGGCACCUGGGAACUGAUAAAAUUCCUCUCUAUUGCCUCAACUGGCCGUGGGACCCAUAGUUCUCUGGACAGCAACUUUAGCUGAGCUUGUACUGUAUUGAUGAUAAACAUUUUUAUUAAAAAACUAGUGCUUGG